AUUAUUUUCUUUUAUCUAAUGCCCGUACAAUUGCAUUUUGUUGAGCGACGACAAGAAGGUACCUACUGAUUAUUUUUUCGAGAUUCGGAUGCACUAGUCUAGCUGCCUAGCAGGGCAGAGACGAAGCAGCAGAAGAAGAAGGGCAUUUAACAAUGGCAGCUCUCCGCAUCUCUCCCAAAACACACCCAGAACCCUUCAAAACACAAAACCCACCACUGUCACCCUCACCCUCUCCUUCACACGUAUUAGUAGAACUCUUUGCCCAAUGGGCUCGGUAGGGUACUCUGUUCGAACGCAUCUCCUCCUCUGUUCUCCGCUUUAUCCUAACUCCAAACCCACCAGGCUCCAACCCUUUUUGCUGCCGCUUCCGGCCCUCGCAGGCGGGAUAAAAAUGGCCGUUGCGACGCCGGCGGCAGCCACUGCUGCCACGAGGUUUGGCUUGAAGAGUUUGAUGGAAACCUUCGUGGUUGAUGUGCAUAGAGCAGAAGGGAGGCCACUGAAUGUGCCCUUGAUUGCCCCUUUUACUAUAGCCUCGUCGAGGCUUGAAAAGGUGGAGAAUGUGGCAAUUCGGAUUGAGCUGAGUAAUGGGUGUGUGGGUUGGGGCGAAGCUCCAAUUCUUCCUUUUGUUACUGCAGAGGAUCAGCCGACCGCCCUCUCCAGGGCCGCGGAGGCCUGUGAGUUUCUGCGCCAGAGCCCUGCUAUGAUUUUGAAAUCGGUGCUUAAUCAGAUUGCUGGGAUUCUUCCUGGACAUGAAUUUGCUUCUGUUAGGGCAGGAGUUGAGAUGGCAUUGAUUGAUGCAGUUGCUUGUAGCAUUGGAGCCCCUUUGUGGAGACUAUUUGGAGGAGUAUCAAAUACCAUACGCACAGAUAUAACAAUUCCAAUUGUUUCCCCUGAUGAAGCUGCUGAAUUGGCAUUCAAGUAUCGGAAUCUAGGAUUCAAGAGCUUGAAGCUUAAGGUUGGGAAGAAUCUAGAUUCUGACAUAAAAGUUCUUGAAGCCAUACGCAAGGCUCAUCCUGAUUGCUUGUUUAUCUUGGAUGCUAAUGAGGGGUACACUGCCGAAAAAGCUAUUGAAGUUCUUGAAAAACUGCAUGAAAUGGGAGUGACUCCUGUUCUGUUCGAACAACCAGUUCACAGAGAUGAUUGGGAAGGCCUUGGUCGUGUUAGUUAUGUUGCAAAGAGCAAAUAUGGGGUCUCUGUUGCCGCAGAUGAAAGCUGCCGGAGUUUAGUUGAUGUUAAGAAAAUAGUAGAGGGAAGUCUUGCAGAUGUUAUUAAUAUUAAGCUUGCCAAAGUUGGGGUUCUUGGGGCCCUUGAAAUUAUUGAUGAGGCAAGGGCAUCUGGACUGAAUCUCAUGAUUGGGGGCAUGGUUGAGACCCGCCUCGCGAUGGGCUUUGCUGGUCAUCUGGCUGCUGGCCUUGGCUGCUUUAAAUUUGUUGACCUAGACACACCUCUUCUGCUUUCUGAAGAUCCAGUUCACGAGGGGUAUGAAGUUUUGGGUUCUGUCUACAAGUUCACAAAUCUCAGAGGCCAUGGUGGUUUCCUUCACUGAGACAAAUUUUCUUGGACAGCAUGUUCUCUGAGCAAGGAUCAUAUUCAAACUAGGACAUAGCUGACAUGGUGUUAAUGGGACUCUGGAAGUCGAGGAGAGGCAGCCAUGGUAGCCUCCCCAUGUGUGUGAGUGAAGUUAUUUUAUCAAUAAUGAAAGCCUAUGUUUUCUCUACUUGCUUAUUUGUGGAAGAAUCAUUGGGCGUUCUCUUUUAUUGUUAAGCAUAAUAUGUUAUGACCAUAAAUAUGUAUAAAUGUUGUGUAUCAGUAGGCUUGUAUCAAAUAUAUAUAUAUAUAUUUAGAGUUACAUGGGUAACAUUACUCAAAA